AACGAAGAACGGGGUAUACUCGGUCGGCGAAAAAUUAAAAGACGUCCAUAUUUGUUGGAUAUUUCACUAAUCCGUGGUUGUGUAUUUAGGGCCAGUGGACUAUAAACUCAACACUGUGGCUAAGGUGACCCCGUUCCCGAGUAUGACUUAUUCCGGAAGGAAUAAAUUCGAGAUCGCUCGGUUUUCGGGCGAAGAUGAAAAUCAUAUAAACAAAAAACUACCAAAAGAACUACUGCUGCGAAUACUCUCUUACCUCGACGUAGUAUCGUUAUGUAGGUGCGCUCAGGUAUCAAAGUUAUGGAAUAUCUUGGCACUGGACGGCUCUAACUGGCAACGAAUUGAUUUAUUUGACUUCCAAAGAGAUGUAGAGGGUCCAGUAAUAGAGAAUAUAUCGCAAAGAUGCGGCGGAUUUCUGCGUCAACUCUCACUGAGGGGGUGCGAGAGUAUAGCCGAUGGAUCUAUGAAAACUUUAGCUCAAUCUUGUCCGAACAUAGAAGAUUUAAACUUGAACAAAUGCAAGAAGCUCACGGAUCAAACGUGUCAGGCGUUGGGCAGGCGGUGUAGCAAGUUGCAAAGGAUCAACCUCGAUUCCUGUCCAAGUAUAUCAGAUAUAUCAUUGAAAGCUCUCUCAGAUGGAUGUCCAUUAUUAACACACGUAAAUGUGUCCUGGUGUCAGUCCAUAACAGAAAAUGGCGUCGAGGCGUUGGCAAGAGGUUGUCCAAAGUUAAAGAGUUUCAUCUGUAGAGGCUGUAAAAACGUCAAUGACAAAGCGGUAUCAUGCUUGGCAACAUACUGUCCAGAUUUGGAGGUACUCAACGUGCAGGGCUGUGAUAACAUAACAGACGAGUCCAUAUCCCGUCUGGGCGGGGCAUUACGCAGACUCUGCGUGUCUGGUUGUUCCCGUCUGACAGACGCAUCAUUAUGUGCUCUAGCCGCACAUUGUCCAGAUUUGGCCACGUUGGAGUUGGCUCAGUGCGCUCAGCUUACUGAUGCUGGCUUCCAGGCACUUGCUAGGAGCUGCAGAAUGCUGGAACGGAUGGACCUAGAAGAGUGUGUUUUAAUAACGGACACGACGCUUGUACACUUGGCCAUGGGCUGUCCGCGGUUAGAAAAACUGACGCUAUCUCACUGUGAGCUGAUAACAGACUAUGGCAUUAAACAGUUGUCAAUGUCGCCUUGUGCUGCAGAACAUCUAACUGUGCUGGGAUUGGACAACUGUCCUCUAGUUACUGACGGCGCGUUAGAACAUUUGAUAUCGUGUCACAAUUUGCAAUUGAUCGAAUUGUACGACUGCCAAAUGGUCACCAGGAAUGCUAUACGGAAACUACGUAACCACCUGCCAAACAUAAAAGUGCACGCUUACUUCGCGCCCGUGACUCCGCCCGUCACCGGCGGUGGAGCUAGACCGAGAUACUGUAGAUGCUGUAACAUCAUAUGAAAUAUCUUAAAAUUUAUAUGUAGAUAAAUGUCGUGUUAGGGAUUAAUUGGGUUUGACAUGGAAAAUGUCAUGUUUUGUCAUUGAGAUACUAUUACGUAUGGAGACGACACCGCCUACAUCACUUAUGUUCCGCUCAACAUAGGUCAAAUGGCCUCUCAAUGUCUCCUCUAUACGUAGUAAUAAUAGCUCAAUGUGUUUUGUGUGUAAUUUUGACAUUUAUUGUUCAAGUCAUGUCGAAUCGGGUAUUAAAAUGUCAUGAAAAAAAACACAGUUUUCAAAUAGUUUGGUAGUCUGUGGAUCAUUUAUGUAUUGUAUUAUAUGAUUUUAUGUCAAUAAAUAUGUAUUUUUUUGUGUUUUGUGUAAUUUUGAUAUGUAUUGUGGUUUAAGGGUGCUUUUCCACGAAUAAUGAGUGAGGAUGUGUGGCGGGGAAUGUGUUUGUGAAUAACCAAUAGUAUCGCUUCAUUUAGUGUGAAGUUUGAA